CAAAACUGCGUGUUGGAAACGAACGUCAUCUGCUUCAUACAUUUAGCUAGCUUUAGCCAAAAUUAGCUUACGCUAGUUUUUAAAAUCAUAGAUACAGCUUACCGAAACGAGUGUUUUUAUUUUCAACCGACAGCCUACGCAGCGCUUAUUAAUUUGGUGUCCCUGCGUUACAGUUCCAAACAUGUACAUAAAAGCCUUGUUCCGAUGCAGAGACAUGCUGAAAGCAGAACUGGUCGUGUAAAAUGCUGGCUAGCCUAAUCAAAGCUAGCUAGCUGACGAACGAAACGAAAGUAACGUUAGCUAACAUUAACGAGAGAUAAGCCUAUCACAAGAAGCUUGGACACAGCUAAACAUACUUGCCACUGAAGCUACAAGAAGAAGGACUAAGAGGUAACGUUUGUGCCUUUACUACAAAGUAGCAGUGCGUCUCUCUCUAGGGCAGAGCCAUGGGUGCAUUCCUGGACAAGCCCAGGACCGAGAAGCACAACUUGCAUGCUGAGGGCAAUGGCCUGCGCUAUGGGCUGAGCUCCAUGCAGGGCUGGCGGGUGGAGAUGGAGGAUGCUCACACAGCUGUGUUGGGACUUCCCGCUCCUGGUAUGGCUGACUGGUCCUUUUUUGCCGUGUACGAUGGUCACGCUGGCUCAAGGGUUGCCAACUACUGCUCUAAGCAUCUUCUGGAACACAUAUUCAGUGCUAGCUUAGGGGCCGGAGGGACCCAAUGUUCACAGGCUGGUUCAGACGGCUCCACCAGUGACCCUUCAGCACUGGUUCCUCCAACAGUUGAGACUGUGAAAUCCAGGAUCCGGACAGGCUUCCUGAGAAUUGAUGAGCACAUGCGCAGCUUCUCUGACCUUCGAAAUGGCAUGGACCGUAGUGGCUCUACAGCAGUGGGAAUCCUCUUGUCACCUGAUCAUUUCUUCUUCAUCAACUGUGGCGAUUCUCGAGCUGUUCUGUACCGCAAUUCACACGUGUGCUUCUCCACACUUGAUCACAAGCCUUGCAACCCACGUGAGAGAGAGCGCAUUCAGAAUGCUGGCGGCUCAGUAAUGAUUCAGAGGGUAAAUGGGUCACUGGCUGUAUCAAGGGCCUUGGGGGACUUUGAUUACAAGUGUGUGGAGGGGAAGGGCCCCACAGAGCAGCUGGUUAGCCCCGAACCAGAAGUAUUUGAGAUGGUUCGAGCCCCGGAACAGGAUCAGUUUGUGAUCCUGGCGUGUGAUGGUAUCUGGGAUGUAAUGUCCAAUGAGGAGCUGUGUGAGUUUGUGAAAUCUAGGCUUGAGGUGUCUGAUGAUCUGGAGAGAGUCUGCAAUGAAGUGGUGGACACCUGCCUGCACAAGGGGAGUCGGGAUAACAUGAGUGUUGUGUUAGUGUGUUUUCCCAACGCUCCCAAAGUGUCGGAGGAAGCUGUGAGGAAAGAUGCUGAGCUCAACAAAUAUCUGGAGUCUCGAGUAGAAGAGAUGCUGUCUGGGCCAGGGGAGGACGGGUUUCCCGACCUGGUAGCAGUGAUGAGGAACCUGUCCACCGACAUCGGCAUGCCCAUGCUGCCACCAGGAGGAGGCCUUGCCAGCAAACGCAGUGUUAUUGAAGCAGUAUACAACCGUCUAAAUCCAUACAGGGAGGAAGAUGGGCCCUCCUGUUUCAUUUGAGCGGAGCUGAGUUGGAGUACAACUGGUAGCUGUCCUGCACAACUGCCUGAUCCAAGAACAGGACCACUUUUCCGCACCAGAUCACAUCCAUAGUCACCUUUUAAUUUCCUCUGGGAUUUUAUUUUUUAUUAAUUCCCCACACUGAGAGACUAAUCAAAGCAAAAAUCCUGUUUUUUAUAACCCUAUGUGGAGGACUGCAAAACUGAUUUAGGUGGUUCUUUUUGUAGAACAAAACGGGGAAAAAUACAAACGACUACCUUGAUAAUUGAAAGCAGAACUAUAAAUACAAUAUAUACUUCAGAGAAGCAAACAAGCACAGUUUCUCUUGCCCCUUGUUUUCUUGUGGUGGUUGUUUUUGGUUGUGGAUUGACACAUAGGAGCAGCCCUGCUCUGAAUGCUUUGGGGCUUUAUGGUGCCUUUCUCAGAACUGAAAGAGAAGAGAGGCCCUCACAACUCAAAAGUCAGCCAGCCAGGCACUACCAAACCAGCCACUCCUGGAUGUUUGUAAGAUACUCAAAAGACUAAAGUGGUUUGUUGGCUGCAUUUUUUUUUAUGGCAUUAUUUGUUUUGAAGUGACAACUUUACCUGCACCUGACUGGCAGCCAAGUGACCACACAAGCCUGCCACUCCCACACACCUCAAGCUAUGCUGUCCAGUUCAGGCAAGCUUGGUGUUCUGGCCAUACUGGCACUCCAACUGGGGCCCAACACUUCACCUGCCCAUGCACCUGGUUUGCUGGAGGCAGCCUCACAGAACUCCAAGCUAUCCAAAGACUACUGGGUUAAUGCCUCAAAUUCAUCAUCUGAGGCUACACACCUGAACACUAGGGGAGAGCUCAUGAGAGAACCAAGUCUCUGUCACCUAAUUUCAGUUUGGCUCCUCCAUACGCAUCUAAACUAAAAUAGGACAUGGGCUGGUGUGCCUGGCUGCAGAUAGGAAUUACAUGGAGAUGGUUUGAACUCAAGUGUGAUGACUCUUCUUGCACGUCCCUGCUCACUUUCUCUCCUCCUGUCCCUUAAAGGAUGUUAUCAAACAGUUUAUUUCUCACUCUUCCCCUCUGUCUCUCUUUCUUUUCGCUUUCUCUGUCUCUUCAUAUGACAGAAUAGACUCGGCUGUCAUUUGCAUUGGCAGACAUUGCCAGAAACAUAAGCUUUUGAGCCUGCUGUUGAAGAGAUAGAAAGAUAGAAAUUAUAUUCAUAUAUAUAGAUAUAUAUUUUGAUUUGUUUGUUUCAUCUUAAUUCCCAGCCAUGGUGUUCAUUGUGCAUUGUGGUCUGCGUGUGUGCACGUUUUUGUGUAGACAAAUUUAAGACAAAAAAAGUCAAAGUUUCACAUUGCAGCGUUCCAAAGACAGGGUUUGGGGAUAAAGUAAUUCCAGCCUCACCUUCUUCCCCAUUUCUCCUCAACACACACACACACACACAAUCCUGCUUGUGCUACAACUUUCCUUUUCUAUCUUUCAAAUAUCCUGUGUAAAAUAAAAAAUGCCUUUCUUUUAUUUUGAUUGAAAAAUCAUUUACCUUUUAUAUUUCUUUUUUAAAUGUUUUUGGUGUAUAUGGCUUUUCAGAGUGCUGUGGUCCUAUUACAGAUAGGUAAGAAAACAACAAGGGGAGCAUAAAAUAUAUCUUGUACAGCAAAUUGGGUGAGAAAUAGGUUUUUGGUGUUUCACUGUAAGUAAAGGGACUGUUGGGACAAAUGAGAAAAGGCCCUACACCCAGAGCUGUUUUCACACUGUCACUGAAUUUGCUGUCCUUCCACAGCUACCUUCAUAGACUUUGCCUCUAAGGCUCAGGGCAGUUGCUGGGGAAGCCCUGGUUUGACUUUUUUAUUGACCAGGAGUCCAUUUAAUUUCUGUCAACCCAAGCAUUAAUAAGUGAUUGAAACCUCUGAAACUAAGCCUUUUUUUUCUUUAAACAAAUAUGUGCAUAGACAAAGUGGAUACACAUACUUUGCAUGUGUAUUCUGUAGAUGCAUUUAAAAUAGGCUAAAAGUAUAUACAAAACUGUAAUGUACACUUUUUUUUUUCUUCAAUCAUUAAAUGGGAUAUUCAUUGUGCUUUCUGAAGUGGUAGUAUUGAAAGAGAAUAGGCCUAACAGUUUGCUGGCUGAUUAAUGUUAUUGUGGUACAGUUUGCUCUUGGUGCCAUAUGACAAAUAGGUACUUGAAUGUGUAGUUAUUUUGCAGUUGCGUUGUUUUAAUGGGAUGAUUGAUUUUUCUUUGUGGUGGAGGGAGUGGGAGGGGUGGGAUCUCUAUAGAUGUGCAUGUUUUGGGAUUGAGGGAGGAGUGUAUUUUGUGGGUGAGAUGUAUUGGGCAGAUGGGGAUAAUGUGGGCAUGUUCAGUGUGAUGGAACACAAUGUAAGAGAGGAACAGUGAUGAUGACAAAAGAACAACAGAGAAAAGUGGAACACAUGGCUGGAAAUUAUUUUUCUUUAAAUUACUUUUAAACUUAUUUUAAGACUCAGUUGGUCAAAUUCUUUUUUUUUUUUUUGUUCUUGUUCUUGAAAUUGAAUCAUUCCCAUUGUGGACUUCUUAUAUUUCAUAAGUCUUACUUUUUUUGACUUUUUAAAGGUCCCAUGACAUGGUGCUCUUUGGAUGCUUCUAUAUAGACCUUAGUGGAGGGCAAGGGCAAGGUGGAGACUGGGGGUGUGGCCUUGACCAACUGCCACUUUGCUCGUUUGGAAGCCAUGAUGUUUCUCUCUCAUGGGUGGGCCAAAUUCUCUGGGCAGGCAAAGCAGAGAAAGGGGAGGUAACCUUCCCCUUAUGACCUCAUAAGGGGCAAGAGUCCAGCUCGGUCCAUCUGAGCUUUCAUUUUCUGAAUGACAGGGUAGGAUACCCAGGGCUCGCUUUACACCUAUCAACAUUUCUAGCCACUGGGGGAUCAUAGGCAUGCUGUGCAAACUCAUAUUAAUGUUAAAAAAAACUCAAAGUGAAAUUUUCAUGCCAUGGGACCUUUAACAUUGUAUUUGGUUUCACCACACUGAACACAGCCCUCAGUUUAUGUUUAAGCUAUAUCAAACACUGGGCUAGUAGAUGAAUUAAGGGAGGGAAGGAAGGCGAAACAUUUAUUUUUCUGAAAGUCAUUUUUCAUUAUUUACACUGAUUCCACUGCAUGGACUGAAUACAAGCAGCACUGCAGCAUCACAGUCUCUCUUCAACAGUCAUUUAAUGACAAUACAAGCUCUAUUGGCUCCCUUUUGUUUAAAAAAAAAAUCCUUUUCGAAGGAUAAUUUGGUUGUUGGGCGAUGCCUAAAUAAUUUGACCCUGACUUGUUACUUUUAUUUCAGGAUAUGCUCAAGUUAAGAGAAUUUUAAGAAUCAUAUAAUCUCCUGAGUCUGUCAGUUGUUCUUGCCCGGGGGGGUCAAUGUGACCGCGAGGACAACAGAAGGGAGGCGAGAAUUUGGAAACAGCGAAAGAGAGACAUGACAUUCCUCAUGUUGGCAUUUUAGAAUGGAAAUGAGCCCUAGUACUCUUUGCUUCCUUCUGAUGCCUUUGGUCACUAUUUAUAUACACACUGUUAGCACUGACAUAUACUAUCAGUAUAAUGGCAAUGAUAAAUUCUACACUUGUUUUUAUUUAUUCCAGUGCUCUUUAGCCCUUGUAAAAACAAAUGCUGUAUUUUGAAGACAUAAUGAGGUAAUAAUAAGCCGGUGUGCAUUUGAGAGUCAUAUGUGACCCACUCAGCUUCACCUGUUGAGAGAACUAAGGAAGGGAGGUUUAUGAGACACCCAUGGUAUUCACCAUCUCUUCCUGUACUAAUUUCCCAGUAUGCUAUUGUGAUGUUACAGACCAUACAGUGAACAUAAAUGUCAAUAAAAGAUGGGUUUAAGUUUAAAA